GGCAUCACACGUAAUAAUAUAACUCGAAUCUGACUCGAUCCAACUUAUAUCAAUUAUAUGAAAAAAAUUUCAAUUCCUGAAAUAUCAUAUUACUAUGAUAGAGGGUUCCUCUUAAAGCUAUCAUUAUAUGAUUAUAUCUUCAGACUGAAAGCUUCCAUUAGCAGAGCGAGAUUGAGAGUAAAUAAUCCAAGAAGCAGUAGAAUCACUAGCCCCCAAAAAUAUGGAUCAGUACUAUACUGCUAUCACUACAGCACUGGUAAUUUGCAUCAUCUGGUGCAUAAAAAUCUCCCUCAACCCUGCAAGAGGAACUCCUCCCUUGCCACCAGGCCCCCGGGGCUUGCCCAUCCUCGGGUACUUGCCAUUUCUGGACAACAAUUUACUCCAUCAGUUUGCAGAUCUGGCACAGCGAUAUGGUCCAAUCUACAAGCUCUACCUUGGGAACAGAUUGUGUGUCGUGAUCAACUCACCAUCCCUCGUUAAAGAAGUGGUUCGCGAUCAGGAGUCGAUUUUCGCUGACCGCGACGUCAACAUUGCAGCACUAGCGGCAUCCUACGGUGGAAAGGACAUAGUAUUUUCGCCACUCAAUUCCGAGUGGCGGACCAUGCGGAAAAUCUUGGCCCGGGAGGUGUUCAGUAACAACAGUCUCCAGGGGUCGUACAAUCUUCGGAAGGAAGAGGUCAGAAAGGCCAUCAACCGUGUCUACAAAGAUGCCGGAAAGCCUGUCCACUUCGGUGAGCUAUCGUCUCGAACUGUACUUAAUAUCAUAAUGAACUUGCUGUGGGGCAGCAUAGUCGAAGGGGAAGAGUGCGAAAGAGUUGGAGAAGAGGUCCGGGAAGUUAUCACGAAGCUUGUGGAUCUGCUGGCAAAGCCAAAUAUUUCCGACUUUUUUCCAGUCCUUGCCCGGUUUGAUAUUCAAGGAGUGAAGAAAGAAACGGAGGGUUAUGUACAAUCUAGGGAGAGGAUUUACGACGACAUUAUUGCUAGACGUAGAAAGAUGUCAUCUGGAGAAAUCAAGAGAGAUGGCAAGAAGGAUUUACUUCAAGUCCUGUUAGAGUUACAAGAGAAAGAAGAUCCUGAGAUGCCAAUCAGUCUCAGACAAAUCAAGGCCAUAUUGAUGGAUGUUGUAGCAGGUGGGAGUGAGACUUCAGCAACAAUGAUUGAGUGGGUAAUGGCUGAUCUUUUGAGUAAUCCAGAGGUCAUGGAAAAGGUACAAAAAGAAUUAUCCGAAGUGGUGGGAUUGAACAGCAUAGUUGAAGAGUUCCAUACUCCUAAAUUGAAGUACUUGGAAGCAGUUCUUAAAGAAACAAUGCGUUUACAUCCAGCCGUACCCCUCUUGGUCCCAAGGUCUUCAAACAAAACUUCCGUAGUCGGGGGAUACAUUGUCCCAAAAGGAACCAGAGUCUUCAUAAACAUUGGGUGGAUCCAAAGGGAUCCAUCUAUUUGGGAUAGUCCUUCUGAAUUUAAGCCCGAGAGGUUUCUAGAUGGCAACGAAAAAUAUAAUUUCAGUGGUAACAAUUUUCAUUAUCUCCCUUUUGGAUCAGGGAGAAGGAUUUGUCCUGGCCUGCCCCUUGCUGAGAAAAUGCUCAUGUAUUUACUAGCUUCACUUCUGCAUUCAUUUGAAUGGAAGCUACCAGAUGGGAAAACAGUCGAUAUGUCGGCCACAUUUGGGAUUGUCCUGAGGAAAACUACACCACUGCUUGCUACACCCUCGCCCAGGUUAUCUGAACCAAACCUGUAUGCAUAAUUUCAUAUUAUGUUAGUGUUUAUGACAUUGUUGAAUAAACUGGAAGUUGCCGUUGCUAUAAGAUCAUAGAACUUCGUGUCUCGUACACAUCUCUUAAGUGUUGGCCAUUUGAGUUCCCAGAAACUCUAAUUUAGAUUUGGUUUGUAAUUGAAUUAAAGUCAUAAUGCUGAAUGACUAAUGCUAAAUGAAUUUACUGUAUUUAUAUUGAGGUGAAAGAUUCAUCA